AUGUUUACUCACUUCAUAUGUAUCAUCCAAAAGCCCACGCAUGAUCUGAAGCAGCAACUGUCCAACUACUCAAAGAAAGUGGCAAACUCCGUCACAGAGCUCAUCCAGGCGGCCGAGGCUAUGAAAGGCACUGAGUGGGUGGAUCCAGAGGAUCCUACUGUUAUUGCAGAGAACGAGCUGCUGGGAGCAGCCGCAGCCAUUGAAGCCGCUGCCAAGAAACUGGAGCAGCUGAGGCCACGGACCAAACCCAAGGAAGCAGAUGAGAGCUUGAACUUUGAGGAGCAGAUUCUUGAAGCAGCUAAGUCUAUCGCAGCUGCCACCAGUGCACUGGUCAAAGCUGCCUCAGCGGCACAGAGGGAGCUGGUUGCACAAGGAAAGGUGGGAGCGAUUCCAGCCAAUGCAGUGGACGAUGGACAGUGGUCACAAGGACUUAUUUCAGCUGCACGUAUGGUUGCUGCAGCAACAAACAAUCUGUGUGAGGCGGCUAACUCUGCGGUGCAAGGCCACGCCAGUGAGGAGAAGCUCAUCUCCUCUGCCAAGCAGGUGGCGGCCUCCACAGCCCAGCUCCUGGUGGCCUGUAAGGUCAAAGCGGACCAGGACUCCCAGACCAUGAAGAGGCUACAGGCUGCCGGAAACGCUGUAAAGAGGGCGUCGGAUAACUUAGUGAAGGCUGCACAGAAGGCGGCUUUCGAGGCUGAGGAUGACCAGGCUGUGGUGGUCAAGAGCAAGAUGGUUGGAGGCAUAGCUCAGAUCAUCGCUGCUCAGGAGGAAAUGUUAAGGAAAGAAAGGGAGUUGAUUGAAGCCAGAAAGAAGCUGGCAGCGAUCAGACAACAGCAGUACAAGUUCCUCCCCUCUGAGUUGCGAGAGGAUGGCGAGGAACAGUGA